CCCCCAGCCACAGCUUUUCUUGUUGCUUGUCAAAACAGAUUCUACGGAAUGCCUGCACUCAGUUACCCAGCUUUUCCAGACGACGUGCCCACGGUCCCACUCUUGGUCAUCGACUACGAGCUCGUCAAAGCCAAAGACGAGAAUGAGAUCAACAGACUCUGGGAAGCGGCGACGAAGCUUGGUUUCUGGUACUUAAAGAACCACGGUGUAGAUGACGAGGUGAACGAGAUGUUCGAGAUGGGCAAGGAGACGAUGAGUUUGCCGCUGGAGGAGAAGAUGAAGUAUGAGCAAGGGGAUGAGGGAAGUUCAUUCGGGUAUAAAUAUGCCGGUGCAAACGCCACGGAUGGUACAGGUGCCCCCGAUCUCGUUGAAUUCAUCAACGUUUCCAAAGACGAUGCGCUAGCCUAUCCGACGCCGGUGCAUCGCACGUACCCAUCCACCGUCAACGCGCGUAUGGAGUCCACUAUCCAGCCAUUUGUUCGCAAGUCCGUGGAAGUGAACCUUACGUUGAUUGAGACGCUGAAUGAUAAGCUCGGACUGCUAAAGGGUGAGCUGGCCAAGAGACAUAGGUUGAAGGACCCGAGCGGGAGCGAAUCGAGAUGUAUCAAAAGCCCGAAGAAUCAGGAGAUGUCGGCUGAGAAGGCUGCAAUUGGGGCGCAUACUGAUUUCGGGUCGAUGUCGUUCUUGCAUAAUAGACUCGGCGGGCUUCAAGUCUUGCCUCCCGGUUCAGAUGGAUGGAAGUUCGUCAGGCCAAUUCCCGGCCACGCAAUCUGCAAUCUGGGAGAUGCGAUGGCAAUAUUCAGCGGAGGGAUCCUGCGCUCCAACCUACACCGCGUUGUUCCCCCACCGAAAUCACAGUCCGCGUACGACCGUUGGUCCCUCGUCUUCUUCACUCGUCCUGCGAACUCUGCUAUCUUAUCCGCGUUGAAAGACGAGAGCGAGAUGAUCAGAGAGGCAGUGGAAAAUGCGAAUGAGAGAGGGGAGAAGGGGAAGUAUGAGACGGGGGUCACGAGUGGGGAGUGGUUUGCUCGUCGAAUCAAAUACCAGAGGAUUAAAAACAGAACGGGCCCGGAAACGUGGAGAGCUAGUCGAGGGACAGAGCAUAAGGAUGACACCGUCAACGUUGGUGCUUGACUGCCGUCGUUUAGCGAUUCGUGGGUCUCUGUGUCGCUGUACGAUAUUGUUUGAGCUGCAGACGUCUGUAAGUUUGCUGUCAGUUUACCGACUUCAAUGGGAUUACUGUCUUGCACUUCUCCGAAGCUGCCAAGACCUCACCGCUGUGGUAGACAAGGUUGCGUCUUAUAAUGCUACUAAUAU